AUGGAGGAAAAGCCUUUCAAAGCGACGGCCAAGUCUCUGAGCCCCCAUGACUCGAGCAAGUCCGGCUCCAAGGGUGACAUCCGGAACCUGUGGACCAGGGCCACGCUGUCGCAGCCCCGGCUGAACAUCCAGCUGACAGAUGUUUAUGAGGACCUGGACCCCGAGGACAGCGGCGAAGACUGGAAGGCCGGCCAGUGGUACAAGCAGCCCUCCAGCGAUGGGGGCGCCAGGGAGGGAUGGAGCCAGAGGAAUGCCGAGGCUGGCACCAGGCAGGAGGAACUGGAUGCCUACACCUCCGAGGAGCUGGAGCAGAGCCCCAGGAGCGCCCAGAGAGGCGAUGUAAAGGGACUUGAGGAUUUGGGGAGCAAGAUGGAUUUCGCUUCCUCAGUGUCAUCAGUCAACAUCAUGAAGCACACACACCACCGAGCCUACUGGAGGGAGCAGCAGAGCAGGAUGCCGCUGCCCCUGCUGGAACUCAUGGAGAAUGAAGCCCUGGAAAUCCUCACCAAAGCCCUCCGGACCUACCAGUCGGAGAUCGGCAGGGACCACUUCCUGACCAAGCAGCUGCAGCGGUACAUCGAGGGUCUCCGGAAGCGGCGGAACCGGAGGCUGCACGUCUCCGCGCACUGA